GUCGAACAGUACUUCUUACAAAUGCCUACGCAUGGGUAGACCCCGACCUAACCUAACCUACAACCUUUGGCUGUCAACAAUCACAACAGAGCUAGUAGAAGUAGCACGAAAGAUAAUAUCUACAACAUGAUCUAUGAAAAUUUUGAGUUGUAAGUAAGAAUACAAGAUGUCGCCGACGACCAGAAGAAAGUCCUCUUGUACGAGGACGUCUCGAGGGCGCAAACUUUUACUGCCACUAUGCAUUGGUUGUGGAGAAUCAGGAGUCAUUCAUGCGGAAGCGCUAUCUUAAGGCUGUACUAGAUAAUUCAUCUUGUUUGACUUUAUUGAGGGCGCCUUUUCUGCAGCAAGCGAAAAUAAGUUCAUGUAGUUCAUCUUUCUUGAGGGAAAUCGGAUUUGUCUGAAAGGUAUAAUGAUGACCGACGAGUAUCUCCUUAAGGGCGUGGGCGAGAAAGUUAUAAUGCGUAUAUAUGUGAUUGUGAUUAUAAGAGAGGUACAGGAGCGGACAGCUCUAAUCGUCAUCCCGUGAAAGUAGAACUAAGGGGAUAGCAGCUUUGGAUAGCAAGGUGAUCAACCUUGUCUCCACGGAUAGCAGAGUUUCGUCGAAGGUCGAAGGCAUCAAUGACGCAGUGGCAGAUGUAGUGCAACCGGCAAUAGACUUAUGACCGCAUCUACUUAUGAAUUGCAUUUGCAAUUGCUGUGAGAGUCUCUUUUUUAGAAGUAGAGCCAGCUCGACGGAUCUCAUCAGCAACACUACUGCCCAAGCAACACACACAUGCCACCUCUUUAUAGAAGAAGCAGAGCCAGCUUGGCGGUUCCUAUCAACAACGCUGCUGCCCAAGCAACACUCACAUCCCCACUCCCCAUUGCAAUAUUUCGCUUGACCCCCGUGAAUGGGUCAACUACCACAACUACCACUACUAAUACUAGGUCUAGGUUAGGGCCGAAUAUUGCAUCUAAUCGAUGCAGUCCAGCCAGCAGUUGAUGCGAUCAAACUGAAGAGAGCAUUGACAUUGUUUCUCUUUACUAGUACUAGGUCUUCCUCUUCACUAUCCUUACUAGUACUGCAGAGAGUAAAUACAAGUUGUACUUCUAGAUUGGGUUUUUAACCACUACCUAGUACUGCCUCUACUAGAAGUACCCUUUUUAGUAGUGAUAGUCUCUGACAUCCCCCUGAAGACUCUUAUCACGAAAAAUGUGAUGAUCCUGCUCAGCACCAAAAAACUUCACUUCGUAGAGAGACUCUGUUAUUCUACCGACAGGUGAACCGCUGACAACCGCGUUUCAUAUGAAAAGGAUGACACCACCGACAAUUGAGAAAAACAGUGAUGAG